AUGGAUACUACUGGUAGUAUGGGGCCACAUAUUUACAUGGCCAAAGAAAUAGCUAUUGGUAUUGUUAAUGCUCAUCAAUCAUUGGAAUAUAAACUGAGCAGUUAUAUUUUAUCACCUUUUAACGAUCCAACAAAUGGAUUACUUACGAUCAGUCUUCAUCCUUUAAAUUUCACAAACAAAAUAAAUAAACUGAUACCUUACGAUGGUGGCGAUACACCGAAACUAUAUUACCAUAGGAUUCUUGAUGCACUCAAAGCUGUGAAGGAUGGUAAUGAUUUGUCAUUGAUUACUGGAGGUGGUAUUAUGGAUGGUGAUCCAGAAUCACUAAAUACCAUACAAGAUUGCAUUGAAUCGAACAUACUACAAACAUUAACACCAAUUGAAAUUUCACCAACAGAUUUUCUAUCACCAAUCGAUGUACCAAAUGCUGAUUUUCUUCUUAGUGCUAUUGCUUUAUUACGAGAUGGUUCUAGAAUUCAACGUAAAAAAAAACGACUCAUAUCACCAGCAUCGAUCUCAUUAAAUAUCGAUAAUCAAUCAUAUCGUGUUCUUCUCAACAGUACAGUGUCUAUGAAUUCUACACUUUACAACUAUGGCCGUACUCAACUCCGAAUGGUUCUUUGUGUAACCAAUACGAUGGGUUUUCUAUCAUCGGAUGAUAUUCAAAACAUCAAUAAUAUCGCUGGAAUGAAUCAUCGAAGCGAUACAAUUGAAUUGCCAAUAAGAAUGCUAAACCAAACAAAUUCAAACUUAACCAUGAUGACAGAUUCAGUUUUAUUUAGUAUUGCUGUACCUGGUUUUGAAUAUGGUGAGACUGCAUCAGUCUACAUUCAGCAAACUGAGAUUUUGCUCACUAAUCAAACUAAUUAUCAAGUACCAUCAAAAGAUUCAUGCCAUAUGGGCGAUUCUUGUAGUGAAAUGAUAUUUGAAAUGUGA